GCCACGCUCGCCUUCUGCUUGCUGGUAGCCCGAGCACCAUAAGAAGCGUUGACUCAGCAGUUCUUACUCACAGCCCGACCUGCUCUCUCCAGACGCUGAAAGGACGAGCUUCCACUUGCAGCCCGCCCGCAUCCACUCAUUCACCCAGUGCCUUUGCUGCUACAUAAUCGUCCGCCACACCGCGCUUUGAUCACCCCAGGCAAAUACCACCUGAAUCGAUCGGCCGACCUCUCUCCCACUCGCCGCUCUCCGCUACCGAGCCUGUGACCUUGAUGCUAGCCCUUCCAAGAAGAAUGAACCAAGCUUCCUCUCAGGAAACAAUUGAAAUGAGUUUAAGAGAACACUUGCUUGCUGCUGGAGCCGGCCAGCCUACAGCGCCGCAACCUAUUUCUCCAGCCCACGCGCAUUCCAACCACCCGUCCAGCCCACACACAAUCGACCCAGCUAUUGCCGGCACUGGUUACAGCAUGAGCGCCGGCGAUAGCGGCGGCGACGGCCACAUGAGCGAAGGGCGCAAGGGUCGGAGGGAGCUCUCCACCUCGAAGAGAGCAGCACAGAAUCGCGCAGCACAGCGCGCAUUCCGUCAGCGCAAAGAAGAGUAUAUCAAGCAGCUCAAGGACCAGGUCAAAGAGUUCGAGCAACUCUGCGAAAUGUACAAGGCCCUCCAGACGGAGAACUACUCCCUCCGCGACUACAUCAUCAACCUCCAAUCGCGCCUGCUCGAAACACAGGGCGAGAUUCCUCCUGCGCCCGCGAACAUUGACCUGACGCGACCGCACGGAGACCCACCGACUGCUCAUGCGACCAACUCAGACAUCCCUUCCGGAAUCACCGGAGGUCUUUCAGAGCGGGAGAUAGGCGAGCUACGCAUGGCUGCUCAGGCUGCUUCAGCGCGUCCGGAGAUGAACAAUGGCGGCAAGCACCAUCACGAAGAAGCCGCAUACCUUCCUGCCUCUUCGAGUUACCCGGACAAGAGGCAAAAGUUGGACGAUAGGCCAACCUCUUCAGGCUCCGCUCCAUCCGUUGGUGACCCCGAAAAUAGCCUAUGAUGUCUGCCCAGAUGCUAUCAAUGGCAUUCGGUGUUUUCUUUUGUUUGAUGGUGUACUAACUCGACGGAGAAUGUGCACUUCAAGGGCUCUAUUACGAAUGGCGCACAACUGAUCGCGAUGUUGUACAACAUCCUUGAUGCCUCAACGGUAAAGCAAAGG